GGCGGUGACGCUGUACUUUUUACAUCCCUGCUUACGUUUGGCUGCUGCCGCCUGAUUUCCGCAUUCCCAAAUCCUCCCAGAUUGGGAACACGUUUUAAAAAUCGGGCUGAUGCAACGAUUUCCACUUUUUAAAAUCUACUCUCGACCGUCGGCUGAGCAGAAGAAAGGACAUUUGUUGCACCUGGGAUCAAAGUCAGCUGUGGUCACAACCGAGUCUGACACGAUGCCAGGACAAAUUCCAGAUCCCUCGGUGACGGCAGGCUCCCUGCCCAGCCUGGGCCUGCUGGCUGGGAUCUCAGCCACCACGCUGACUGACAAGCUGAAAUUUGGUGAUCUCCAGGAGUUUGGGACCAUGCUGACGCCUCUUCACUUCUUGGACAGCUACGGACGGAGGCCCUUACUCAUCAAAACUGAGAGAGACGAGGAGGAGGAGAGAAGGAAAAGAAGGCGAGAGAAAAACAAAGUGGCUGCAGCACGAUGUCGAAACAGAAAGAAAGAGAGGACGGACUAUCUACAAAAGGAAUCUGAGCGACUGGAGAUGUUAAACUCUGACCUUAAAGCCCAGAUCGAGGAGCUGAAACUGGAGCGGCAGCAGCUGAUCCUCAUGCUUAACCACCAUCGCCCUACGUGUAUUGUCAGGACAGACAGUGUAAAAACGCCAGAGCGUGAGGUCAACCCCUUGCUGCAGCAGCUGAAGGCCAAAUGAAGGUGCCAUGACUUUCCGUGACAGCUUUCGUUUAGUUUUGAAGAAGCGGCCAACUAGCAGCACUUAUCUUUGGGGCCACGGCGGUCACAGACAUGGAAAAAAAAACCUAAGCACGGUCCUUCCCCACACCACAGAGCGUCAAACCUCAAAACGUGGAUCCAGUAUGAUUGGACAGCGCAUUGGCAGUAAAAAUCUAAGUUCUUCCUUUUUAUGAUCAUUCCAUUUUUUACAGCAUUAAGGACAUCAGAGCUCGAGUCACAAUGUUAGCCACUAUUUCAGGAACCUAACAUCUGUCCUAAAAUCGAAUGUUGUUUGGAGCCAAAAAUACCUGACAGAUGGUUUUAAAAAAAGUCUUCAUCAAGGGCUUUCAUACCUCAUAAGUUUGGUCAUUUCAACCAGAUUGUGGGACCUGGUUCCUAGUAGACCACAACACUGUUAAUUUGUGGUGAGAAUAUGAACCAAUGCAUGGUGAGUUGUAUAGUUGUAGAACAUUUGUACAUGUUGACAUAGUGAAUCUCUUCAAAAGAACCCUGGGCAACUUAUAGAAAACACCUGGAGAUAUUAAGUGUUAAGCAAACUACUUACAGGUAAGAGCUGUCACCAAUCUGUAGUACAGUGUUAAAAAAAAUGCUGGGACUAAACCGGUGUAGGCUAGCAUUAGCUCUGCGUUUAACAGGCUCCUCAAGUUGCCACUAUGGCGUGUUUGAUCUCAAACCCAUACAAACUACAGGUGUGACAGCUUCCUGUAAAUGGGCUGCAUUUAUAUAGCGCUUUUCCAUCUGAAUCAGAGGCACUUUACAAUGAUGGCUCACAUUCAUUCAUUCACACACUGAUGUCAGGGUGCUGCCAUGCAAGGUGCUUGCAACACACCAGGAGCAACUCUGGGUUUUAAUACCUUGCCCAAGGGCCCUUAGUGAUUGUCUGUCUGGUUUGUUAGGGGUUUUAAAUGGAGGAUCGUCUGGUCUCAAAUCCAAUGCUUAACCACUAGACCAAAAACACUGCGCCUGUUCCUUUAAAUCAAAAGGAGGUGCCCCCCCCCCCCUUCAAAGUGGGGGUGUGUCCUCCUUUCUCCCCUCCAAUCUUAUGGAUUUGUCACGCAGAGCAGAGAGCGGCUCGUUGGAUGCCUCAUGGAGCAAAGGGAAGUCUACAUAUGAGUUUGUUACGUAUGUUACACAAACCUAACCCGAGCUACUUGAGGCGUAUAACUUUGUUCAUAGUAGGCGUAAUUGUGCCUGCACAAACAUUGGCAGGUGCAGAUGCUUAAAAUCAAACCCAGACCACACGUAACUGUAACAGAAAACAAAAACACUUUACGCUAUUUGACCCCUUUAAAGAUAAAAAAAAAUAAUACUCUGCAAAGUGCCUUGCAUGUCUGAAUCUGACUUCUUGUCAGAUUGAUAGAGCGCCCCCCCCCCCCCCCCCCCCCCCCCCCCCCCCCAGGUCAGCCAGCACAGUUCUGGUGAGUUCCAUAUAACUACGCUAAAUUUUGUUGCACUUUUUUGUAAACACUUUUUCCAGGUCACCUAAGCAGGUUCUGUGUAAAGCAUCUUUGGCUUUCGAUUUGUAACUGUUAAAAGUCCUCAGUUUCCCAUCAUGCUAUGUUUCUCCAUUUACUGGCAAAAAGGUGCACUUGGACUCAUAGAAAAUUUCUAAAUGAAACGGAUUUAGGUGAGUACUCUUGAAAUUAUUU